UUGGGCUCCUGGGACCUCCUGACUCUGUCACUGAUCAGGGUGUGGUGUCUUCCUUUCAAGGAUUAUAUUUUAUCACUAUGAUGAAUCUCAGCUUCACCACAUUACUGAGCCUUUCAGUGUGUUUUCUUCUCAAAGCUGAUGGUGGUCCCUUGGUGCUCGAGCCAUCUAGACUGGUGGUGGAAUAUGGAGCCAAAGCCUCAGCUAACUGUUCCACUGACGUCAGCCAUGAUGGAAUGGGUUGGGAAGCCUCACAAGGACCAGUGGAUAUGAAGAAAGACGUACAAUUCCUCACCUGGAAAGUGCAGAAUCUUACGCAUUGGGAUAUAACGCCAAUGUGCUACAUGAACUUGAAAGACGGGUCACAAGUUGAUGAGGAACUGAAUCUUGUUAUUUACAAGCGUCCAGAUUCAGUGUCCAUCAAGCUGAAGAAUUGCUCAGGACCAGUAAUUGAGCAGCAAUUCUGUUGGCUUCAGUGCAACAUACAAAAUGUUGCUCCUGUUCAGUACCUUACAGUCAUUUGGUACAAACAACAAUUUCUUGCGAAAAGCAACUUUGUGGAUGGCACCAAGACACCAGUGAGCGUAUCUGCUGACCACAUCAUCCAGCCUAGCAGAAAUGACGAUGGAGCUAAGUAUUGGUGUGAGGCAAAGCUGGAACUGGGACCAGAGGGACCGCAGCCUCCUCCGACAAAGAAAUCAGAUCCUCUCAGUAUUACAGUACACUACAAGCCAAAGUUCUCUAACGAUACAGAGAUCAUUAAAAUAAAAGCAGGAGAUGAUGCAGUCGUCUUAAACUGUACUGCCACAGCAAACCCUCCUUCCAAGUACACCUGGACUGGACCAUACCUGGAAAAGGAAGUUAAGUUAUCAGAGCCCUCACUUUCCGUUUCUUAUUCAGGAAACUACACUUGCACUGCGUCAAACCAGUAUGGCACAGCAAAGAAAUUGUUCAUCUUCAUACGUGAAUCUCGUGGCCACACUGUUUUUUGGGCUCUUUUGGGGGCCGGAUUCUUCAUAAUUGUUCUGCUGUUUAUUGUUUACCUUCUCAAAAAGAGGUAUACACCAUCUAGAAGGUCUGACAACUACAACAAUACGGCCCCUCAAGCAGCUCCGAGAGAGGAAGAUGAAGAGUUAUCACAGUUGAAACUAAAUAAGUGAAAUUUGUUUCUAGCUCAUCAAGUGGCUUCGAACUCUUGAGUUAUAAUUUCAGACGUCGUGAUCUGUUUGGAGAUUUUCUUUGUUUUUAGACGGUGUGUUUGACAAGCCAGAGAUUGACCAAGGUUCUAACAAACAGAUGUUAGAAAAGAAACAAUACCAUUGUGACGAAGAUUGGGCUUGAUCUGUCUGUGAAGCCUUCACUCUCAUUUGUAAUUAGUUCUAGAGAUACAGUAGGAGACAAAAGUUUGGACACACCUUUGAAUUGAAUGUUUUUUCUUUCAUUUUAUUACAGUACUUAAAAGGCACUUCAUGUCUUAAAGGUCGACUCCCUUUCAGAUUUUUCGAAUUUAGGCCAUAAAAAGAAUUUUCCCCGACACCCAAUUAUUUUUUUUUUAGUGGACCAAAAGCUGCUGAAUUCGAAUCACAGACUUCAAAUUUGAUUACUUUUUUUUCCUAAAAGAACAAUUAAUUAGAGCCCGGUGGCUCUAAAUUCUCCGCCAUUUUUUUCUUGCCCCACCGUGACCUAAACCAAGAUACUACGUCAUGCAUGACAUGGGGGGGUUUCCCCGUUCGCAACGCAUUGUAGGAUACAAAUUUGCAACCUGAGAGAACAAUGGAGUACGUGAGUGUGCGAAUGAAACACAGAAGACCGACUACAGUAACGGAAAGUGAGAAGAAAAGGCGCUGUAUUGCGAAGGAAAGGAAAGGUAGGACCAAACUAAUAAAUAUCGGCGAUCGGAUAUACAGUAGUGUGCAUCAGUUGCCCUCUAAAAAUGAAAAGUACCUCCGAUCAUGAUGCAUUUUUGUUUUUAUGUUCCUUUUGGUAAGAAAACACACUGGGUGAAAUAUUUUGACAAAAUUCAAAAGUUUAAUGGUGGCACCAGGAGCUCAAAGUUAUGGAAAAAGCUGCUAUUUUACAGUAUGACUUUUAUGACAAAAUUUCGAUCACUUUUCAUGAAACAUUAUGGCACCUUAUAGAGUAUACCAAAUAUCUUAGAUACACAUUUUUAGUCCAUAUUCUAAAUAUAUUAUCAAGCACAGUUUGAGGUGGGGUUUACAUUAGACCGUGUCAGCGGAUCAUCAGAUUAACGUUUUUAAAACGAUUAGCGUGCACACAGCAACGCCAAUACACGAUUCGCGUGCACACAGCAACACCAAUACACGGAUACGCUCGGCUCCGCAGGCAUCCUGCGCUCCAAAUCACUCCGCCCUGAACAGCGAGUGCCCUCUGGAGGGUGUGCACUCCGGCCCUGCGCAGCUCACAGAGCGCGCGAAUGAAGCGCACGAGCAGUGAUUCGGGACUGAGCCGCUGUGUGUGUGAUCUCAGUGCAUAUCCGGCAUGCGCAUCACUUACCACUUGCAAGUGGAAGGAUGGCAAGCCUAAAGACAAUCAUAACUACACAAUGGGCAGUAUUUGCAUCAGUAUUUGCAGUAUUUUCAUACUUUUAUACUCUUUAAUGAAAGGUGAUACAAGGCGGAAGUCCGCGCCGUUUUUCAGCAGUCGCGUCACAUGACCAACGCCAGCGAAUCAGGAAGGUGGAUGUCACAGUGACGUUGUCCAAUGACGACGCCAGCUAGAGCUCAGCACAGCGUAUCCGCGUAUUCUCAAUGUUUACACAGCACCGGAGCAGACACGAUCUGGAUUGAAUACGUGGACACUGGCGGAUUCCCAUUUCCCGGCGUUUCCAGGCGGUUUAAUGUAAACGGACAGUGCAUCCGCGAAGAAAACGAGACAGAUACGGUCUAAUGUAAACUUGGCCUGAGUUUUAGCUGUUCAUUGAAUCGUUGUUCAACUACUUUUAAACAAUACAAAUGUAUUAUGAAUCACAUUAAUGCUUCUCAAUCCCUUGCAGAGGUUCUUAACAUGAUCUCUGGGUCACAAGAAAUCAAUAAAUGGAGUCCAACAUUGUGAUUCAAACCUUACGCGAAAACAUAAAAUAAGCGUUUUUUGGCAAAAAAUGAACCUCAUGGUGCCACCAUUAGACUUUUGAAUAUGGUCAAAAAAUUUUACAGGAUGUCUUUAUUGGUGAAAAGGAACACCCAAACAAAAAUGCAUCAGAUUUUAUGAAAGUGAGGGAAACUGAUGUAUAUAUAUAUAUAUAUAUAUAUAUAUAUAUAUAUAUAUAUAUAUAUAUAUAUAUAUAUAUCCUAUCAGUCCUUCAGUCAAACUUUAGAGAUUUUUUUCUCUCCUCAGGCUCAUGUCUGAAACGCGUAGGUUAUACAGGAAAUUCACAAGGUUAUACUAAAGUCGAGUUUAGGAAAGUCUAUUAUGGCAUUACAAAGAUAGAAGAGGGUUCGUAUUCCCAAAACUAUUACUUCUGAUCACUACGUUUGGCAAAAACAUGAGCAAGCACAAAAAUCAAAAAGGUGAAUGAAACAGGCAGGUGGGAUCAAGGUCACUUUCGUUUUUAUUUUUUAACUGUCACUUAACACAAAAUGCACUUUUCAGCAGUUUCAAAAUAAACUGUGUGCUACUGUACCGACGUGAUUCUCACUGCACACACACACCCCGCACCAUCCUCCGCCUCGCACCCCAUUCACAAACCAGUGCUUGACCACACCCCUGCGACAACAGUGAAAAAGAACUGUAUACUGUCUUGCUCAAUGAAAUAAACUGCACAGUAUGAUAGUGAAUCGAGAGGUUGUUCACCAGAAGUUGUGCAAUAUAGGUGUAUAGUCUAAUUACAUGCAUUUUCGCUCAGCGGUCUUCACCAUCCCGAUGAUAAAAAAAGGACCUUAAACUAUCUAAUGCACAGGAUGUAUGUAUCGAUUUCACAUAUUUACAUUGUGAAAUCGAUACAUAAUUUUCGUUAUGGCUAACGAAUAUUGGCGAGAAUACACUUGGUGAAAAAUGGACUUUAACAAGAUGAGUGACCAGUCUCGGGGCGGCACGGUGGUGUAGUGGUUAGCGCUGUCGCCUCACAGCAAGAAGGUCCGGGUUCGAGCUCCGGGGCCGGCGAGGGCCUUUCUGUGUGGAGUUUGCAUGUUCUCCCCGUGUCCGCGUGGGUUUCCUCCGGGUGCUCCGGUUUCC